AACGGAAGUGGAUAUUUUUAACGAAAACGUCGAGUAUUUUAUUGUUUUUCUCUAUGUAUAGAACCAAUGUCCUACUAAUACAUAUAUGAUUAGUGAGUAGUUGGAGAAAAAAGGAUUCUGACUCCAGCCUGAUUUAACGAUGGCAGCAGUUGGUGUUGAUAUGGAGCGCCAUCUAAUAGAGCUGGGAGAAAGUGAAAUGGCUGCAGAAGAUGUUCUGACUGACAGACAAACAAUCGUAGACCUUGAUAGGAAGAGGAACAAAACCAGGGAGGCACUUAGAUCACUGCAGAAAGACAAAGAAACAGAGAAAACUUGGUUAUGUAUGGGCAACAUGUUCCUAAAGCUGCCAAAGCCUAAAGCCAAAGAGAUGCUACAAAAAGAUUUUGAUCAACUAGAUGAGGAAAUAAAUAAACUGCGGAAAAAUCUCAAGAUAAAGGUUGACAAACUAAGAGACAUAGAACAAGAAGACUCUCUUAAAGGAUUUCACCUUCAGCCCCUUAGUAAGGAGGAAUUGAAGGCUAUUGACUCAGUACUAUGAUAAAAUCAGAUAUGGAUAAACUAUUAUGAAUGAUAUUGCACAUGAAUGGGAAUCCAGGAAUUAGUGGAAUUAACGAGGAAUUUAGUGAACAAAGUACUCAGUUGAUUCUGUUAAUUGGGCAGAAAUACUGUCUGAGUUGUGCUAUGUUAUGUUGCUUUAACCAGUGUACGCACUGCCUUGUACACUAUGGCUUGGCAUUCCAUAAAAACAUGAUCUGAUGAUAAUCCCAUGUUAUUGCUGUGCAGUUCUUCAAUAG